GUCUUUCUCUGUUCACUCUGAGCUGUCCCGUCUGUGGUUGAAACAAAACUACAACCUGAACAAGAUCAUGAUGCGUGCAGCUGUGGGUCUCUGGAUCUUAUCAGCAGUGAUAUGUGUAGGGAGAGGUGAUCACCAUGCAGGUCAUGCCAAGGAAACACAAGACACCUCUGCAGACAGCAACAACAGAAUCCUGGUAACGUCGGCCAACAAAGAGUUUGCCUUCCACCUGUACAGGAAAUUAUCAGGUCUCUCUGGCUCCCAAGGCAAAAACAUCUUCUUCUCACCUGUUAGUGUAUCUUUGGCCUUGGCUGCUUUGUCUGUAGGGGCACGAGGAGAGACCCACCAACAGAUUUUCAAUGGUCUGGGGUUCAAUAGCUCACAACUGUCCCAAAGUGAUGUAGACCAGGCCUUUUGUAGUCUCCUUGCAAACACAAUGUCUCAUGAGGACAUCAAUGCAGGUACUGCUGUGUUUGUAGACAACCUGUUCAAACCUCGGCCUGAGUUCCUGGAUGUCUUAAAGCAGUCUUAUUUAUCAGAGGGCUUCAAUGUGGACUUCACCAAAGCUACAGACACUGCCAAUACCAUCAAUAAGUAUGUUUCAGAUAAGACCAAUGGAAAGAUCGACAAGCUGGUCGACAGCCUGGAUCCAAGCACAGUCAUGUAUCUCCUCAGCUACAUUUACUAUAAAGGAAAGUGGGAGAUUCCAUUCAAUCCUGCCAGGACCAUGCAGGACGAGUUCCACAUUGAUGAAACUAACAAGGUUCCAGUCCAGAUGAUGAAGAUGACAGAACGCCACUUCAAAACCUACUAUGAUCAGGCAAUCAACACAUCGGUCCUCCACCUUCCCUUCAACAACUCCUUCUCCAUGCUGCUAAUGUUGCCUGACAAUAUGACACUUCUGGAGAACAUUAUCAGCCCAGCUCAUGUUACUAAAUGGAUGAAGUGGAUGAAGCCCAGGGAGUACAACUUAUAUGUUCCAAAGUUUUCUACCAAGACGUCCUACGUCCUGAACGAUGUGUUGAAGGAAAUGGGAAUGACAGACAUGUUUGCGCAUGCAAAUCUGCGUGGUAUUUCAGAGGAGCAAAACCUGACUGUCUCAGGGGUUGUGCACCAAGCUGCCCUGGAUGUUGAUGAAGCUGGAGCCACUGCUGCUGCUGCCACUGGUAUCAGCAUCAGACUUCUAUCCUUACGCAUUGUCCCAGAUUUGAAGUUCAAUCGCUCAUUCAUGCUUUUCAUCCUUGAGCGCAGCACAAAAAAUAUACUUUUCAUGGGCAAAAUUGUCAAUCCAAACCUCUGAUGCAGAAACACUAUCCUCCAGUACAGCUGCCGCUCUGAACAUUAAAUACAAACAAAAUGC